AAGCAAGUUAACGAUCCGACCCGUUUCAUUUUCCGUUCUCCUUCUAAGACUGGGCGAACUACUUUCCCCUAAGAGACUGCCAAAGCUCGUCAUCGACUCGCCGGACUAGUCCGCCACUCCGUCGCUCCGCCUGCUGCCGGAUCAGACGAAAGUUUUAGCAUUUGCUUUGCUGGAAUUCUUGUUUAAGAAAAACUUUUCCAACCUGAAGAAAUGGUGGGAUGGCAAAGGCAUCUGCAGUGUUUACUGCGUCAGGCUGGGAGACGAUUUGGACAUACUCACGAUGUUCCUUUCAACAACUCCUACUUUCACUCAAAGGCUUCUCUAGUUACUGGUCAGGUGCCUCAUUCUCCUAGCCUGAGAAAUUUGCUUUCUCCUUGUAGCUCAAGGCCAUUAUUCCAAUAUCUCCAACAAUCGGGGUUCACUAGCUCAAGAGCAUUGCUUGCUGAGUCAUCUGAUGCAACACCGGUAUCUUCUCCAUUAACACCUUUGAUAACAUCGGGUGAUGGAAAAACUGAAGCAGGGGGAACAAUUUCGAAGCCUUCAACAGUGCAGGCUGUUUUGAAGGGAAUAAAACAGAGUCCAAAAAAAGUGAACCUAGUUGCUGCAUUAGUUCGUGGAAUGCGUGUUGAAGAUGCAUUAUUACAGUUGCAAGUGACAGUCAAGCGAGCUGCUAAAACUGUCUAUCAGGUUAUACAUUCAGCUCGGGCAAAUGCUACGCACAAUUAUGGAUUAGAUCCAGAUCGUCUUCUUGUUGCUGAGGCAUUUGUUGGAAAAGGCCUAUAUCUGAAAAGGGUAUCCUACCAUGCUAAAGGUAGGUCUGGUGUAAUGGAAAGACCACGAUGUAGACUGACAGUCGUAGUGAGGGAAAUAACACCUGAGGAGGAGGCUGAGAUCGCCAAACUGAGAGUGAGCAAUUUCCGCAAGCUUACAAAACGUGAAAAACGGCUGGUUCCACAUAAACUUAUUGAGACUACUCCAGUAUGGGACCGCAAAAGAAGAGGUAACACUCACAGACCUGGUGGCACUGCUGCUUGAACUGUAUGGUUCUUGGCAGAGAUUUUGCUAUAGAAAUCUUCGUUAGACAUUUUUAUAUUUGCUUUCUUGAGAAUGUCUACACUUGUAAACCUAUUUUUACAUCUCCUGAGGCUUAGAAAACUGGUCAUUCCCACCCCAGAGCAAUGCUGCGGUGCUGUCAUUCCCUUUACUAUUUUGUCAUGUAUGCCUCAACUUGGACUUUAUCAUGCAUAAUGUGGAACAGCGUUAUCCCUACAUUGAGAUGUUGAGAAAUGGUAAAGUAUUAUUACAUGGUGAA